UGACCAUGAGGUGUGGCCGAAAGCUUCAAGAAAGUCAACUAUUUUGUUUGGAGAUUUUUUUUCUUCAAUAAAUCAUUUUUCUUUUUUAUUUAUUUAAUCAUUUGAAUAGGUAUAGAAAGAAUUAAAUUAAAAUAGAAUAAAUUUAGUAAAAUAAACUUCAAAUAACCAUAAAUUAAUCAUUAUUGAACAUAAAAAAAACCAUUCAGCUUCUGUUAUGAGAAAUAACUGCCAAGAAACUGUUUUUGUAGUUAAUUAAACGUCUUGUUCUGCCACAUAAUACCGUCAACAGCUCUGAGGACAACUCAAAUACCGUCUGACUGUAAUAUCAAAGGCUUUAGUCGGAAUUUUGACGAAGUGUUUUUGGUUUGCUCGGGGAUUUACGCGAAACCGGAAGUACGCAGGAGUGAAUCAUCUCAGUUUACGACGUAGCAGAGACGCCAGUGUGCGCACCACACCCACUGAUCUCUACAUGACCAUACAGUUUGACGCUGUUGUAACUUCCCUGUUGUACGUUUUUGGAACAUGCUUCAACCUGAUUGGCUGUUUGGACAGACGCGUGCACAAUGAGCUCUGAGGUGUGCCCAUUCUGUGGGAAAACCUACAAAAGGUUGAAGAGUCACCUGCCACACUGUAAGGCAGCAGCGAGCUCCAAAACACCUCCAACCAAACAUGAUGUCACAGCAAACCAGACAUCAUCGUCCUCUCAGCCGGCCGCAGCCUUGUCAGAAUCAACAGCGAAGUCCACACAGACACUGUCGAUAACAGCAAGUCCGCAAUCAAAGAAGAGUAAAAAGGCGUCUGUUGUAUCAUCAGAAACACCUUCAUUGUCCCCGAGUUCUGCAUCACCUCCACCAACAACUAAGAAGAAGAAACAGAAGCUGUCUGAGCAAAUCAAGGCAGCCAACAUGCUCUCCUCUACCACUUCCCUCACCUCCUCCCCAUCACCGUCUCUGUCUUCCACCGUCUCUAAGCCCAAAAAGCAAAGUCUCCAUUCUCUGAUAGAAGCUGCCAAGUCCACACAGGUUUCUAAGGGAUCACAGGAGGGAAGCACAUCGGCCUCAGAGGACCAAACUCUAAGCUCUAGACCCACAGCUCAGACCAAAACUAAUCCCAACCAAGGCGCAAUAAAAGACAACGCCCAUCCUUUGUUUCUGUCCGCGGACACUAAACCCAAAGCUGCAUCUAAAACGAAGGCGUCAAAGACGAAGAAGGCUGCACAAAUGACCAAACACACCUCUACCUCUCUGGACUCUGAAGUAAAUCAAAGUAGUGCAAGAUCCAGUGUAAGAGACGACUUCUGGAUGAGCAACGAGGGGCAAGUUGAGGAUUUAUCUGUGAAUAAGAUGCUUUUAAAAUCAGGAAGCAGCCACCAGGCCAGGGUUACCAUCCAGGAUGUUAAAGCCAUGUUAGGCAGAGGUAAUGCCACCCGUAAAUCCAGCAGACCAAGCAUCCUGAGCCGAAUUGAAACUGCUGAUGAUUUAAACAGCAAAAUCGGACUUGGUACUAGUCUCAGUCCAGUUCCUCCCCCAACAGGGACCUUGGAAACAUCUAGAACCCUGUCAGACCAGCUGCCCAGCACCAGUUUACAACACACUGAGCUACAGUUAGUCAAGAGAAAGUCUAAACCAGCGUCUUUAGUCCCCAUGCAGCAGCAUGAACUAACCUCCCCUGCCGCUCCCCUCCUUUCUGGCCAUCUAUCGUCUCAGGUGAGCAAAGCCACGCUCCCUCAAAGUACAGUCAGCGCAAAUGAGGGGCUGAAGAUGACAGGACUUCUCACUAUAUCGCCAUCACUCACUGCGUUUUCCAGCCCUCUACCGGCAGCGAGGGAGGAGAUGUUGAGAGCCGAUGAUGGGUUGAAGUCGCAACUGAAGGGCAGGAAGCAAAAAACUGCUGAUGAGGGAACUAAAGGAGCUCUGACGCAGCGGAGUCUUGGCCAGGUGAGACUGAGGGAGCUGCCAGAGUGGCUGGCCUGUAAAACCCCCAGCCAUCCAAGAGAUGUGGUGGAAAUGGUGCAAAGAGGCUGGCAGUGGUAUUACAGGAGGUACAUUGAUGUGAAGAAAGGUGGUGUAGGUGGAGUGGGCAUGUUGUUAGCAGGAUACUGUGUGCUCAGCUACAUCUGGAGAUACCCUCACCUCAAGCAUGAUCGAUGGAGGAAGUACCACUAAUGUGAAGGUGAAGACGCUUGGACAAGCUUAACUGUGUGUGAGGGAAACAGCAGCUCGAAGCAUCUGUUCUGUUAAUAAUAUAUAAUUAAUCCAGAUCCAAAGGUUUACACAGGAUUUGUGUCUGACAAGUUGGUACUGGUUUCUCGUCAUCAUGGUAGCGCUUCCUGUCAGCCCAUUUGGUUUCUGUCUAUGACUCUCAUAUCUGUCCGUUAAAAAUGAAACCACAGCAAGCAGCUGGUUAGCUUAGCUUAGCAUAAAGACUGGAAACAGAGGGAAACAGCUAGUUUGGCUCUGUUUAAAUGCAGACAAAAUCCAUCAACCAGCACCUUUUAAAGCCUUAUAUCAUGUUUAUUUGUAUAGAAAUAAGGUUGAAAAAAAGACAAUUUGCCUUUUUAAGGUGAUACAGCAACUGAGGCUAAACAAUUUAUUUAAAUUAAAUUGAAAUGACAAUAUGGCCCACUGCUGUUUUCAAAUAGCAGGAGACCUCAUAUUUAUUAAAGGCAACAUGUGUGUCAGAUUACCAUUUGACAUUGGGACUUUAUUGUUGUCUCGUUUGAGGACAUUGGGACUUUAUUGUUGUCUCGUUUGAAGACAUUGGGACUUUAUUAUCGUCUCGUUUGAGGACAUUGGGACUUUAUUAUCGUCUCGUUUGAGGACAUUGGGACUUUAUUAUCGUCGCGUUUGAGGACAUUGGGACUUUAUUGUUGUCUCGUUUGAGGACAUUGGGACUUUAUUAUCGUCGCGUUUGUGGGAGGAAGCUGGAGCACCUGGAGAAAACCCACACUGACACAGGCAGAACAUGCAAACUCCACACAGAAGGGCACUCCCAGGAAAUCUCUUGCUGUGAGGCGACAAUGCUAACCACUGCACAAAUGUGCUGCCAGUAUUGCCUACUGCAGUUUUCAAAUGGCAGGCACAAUAUUGUUAAAAGGUGGCAUGUGUUUAAAUACCAUUUAAAACGAAUAUUUUUGUGCUGAAGAAGUGGCCUCGACACAUGGCAAAGUGUCACUUUUUUACACCCUUUUAGUCUGGAUUAAACAAAAGAGACAUAAUAUGUUAAUCAGUGAGCUGUAAAGUUGCUGGUAGGUGGAUUUUCUUACCUUUGGACAAACCAGAUUCACUGUUUGCUCCUGUUUCCAGUCUUCAUGCUAAGCUCAGCCAACCAGCUGCUGGCAGUGGCCUUAUAUUAAAUGGGCAGUUAUCAUAGUGUGGUGUGUUUAACUCUUUGCCUGAAGGUGAAUAAGUGAAUUUUACAAAAUGUCAAACUAUUCCUUUAACAAAUGGAAAAGUUGUGGAUCUGAUACCAGUAGUUUUAUUCUCAACUGACUUGCUCCUGCGUAGAGCAUCUGAAGUGAAAGCCUGUGAGCAGUACACUGAAGCAUAUUAUUUAUUCACAUAUCUAUGUUUAUAUUUUGUAGUUUGCUUUGUAUUUUAUUUUAGAUUAAGAAGGGAAAAUGUUCACUAGAGACAUGCUGAAAAUGAGUUUCUAUGUGGAGUCCCACUGUGUGUUUCCAAAGGGCUCCACUAGGUGUCACUGUUGUGCUGUGCUACCAAAUCCAGAGGGGCUGGGCAGUCAAAUGUUUGCUAUGCAGAGUUUUCUGAGCUCCUUUGUGCAGAGGCAUUGGUGCUGGGGUCCAUGAGGGGAUUAAAGGGAACUAACAGAUUUUUAACUUGAUUAAAAUACUUGAUUACUCUGGCAGCCCAGACACAGAGAAACAUGAAAUCCAAAAUAUCCUGACUCCAGUCUCCGUGAAGAGAUCAUAUCUGUGCAGCAGAGGGUUACAGAUCCGUUUUUCUUUUGCAAAUGCUUUCUCCCUGUCACAUGAUGUUAUUAUGCAUGCCUAGUCUGUCAGUGCCAGUAUGUGAACACUCACAGAAUAGCAAUGGAGGGACGCUGAAGGAGCUUUCUCAUCCGGACCGGACCAGUUUGUCAUUGUAUUCAAAAUGAAUUUAUUGUUGACUUCUCCUCGCCGCUGUAGUGAACACACAUUAGCUACAAAUGAAGAAAUGACAGUAUUUUUGUAAUGACUUUUUUCCUGAUGCCGCCUUGUAGCCAACACAAUAAAAAAUAAUUUCC